UAACUUUCUAUUGAAAACACGUGACACGUGUUUGUAUUGUUAUUAUUAUUAUUAUUAUCGUUAACUUUACCGCUACUACAGUACUAGUGGUCACCAAAAACAACAAAAAUGGUCUAUAAAUUCCCGAUCGCUCACUGGAUGUACAAACGAUAUCCGACGACAUCGGUCGAUAAGCUGAUGCCGCGGAUGCGCUAUGAGAUCCAUAAGGAGACCAUCAAAGUCAAGAGCGGUCCCCGUUGGCGACGUGACAUCCUGGGUCCCGAUGCCCGACUCAAGGCCAUUGCCGCGUCGGUUACACAUCUGGUACGCGAAGAACGAAUCGAAUUGGGCUAUUGGAGGGGUUGGGAGAUCAGAAACUAUACCGAACGGUUGAUUAUGGAUGCCAUCCGAUAUGGCGACUGUCAUCGGCCAACAAUGGAAACGGCCGAUUUUUAUCUAUUGGACAAGAGUCUGAUCCAUAAGCUGUUCAAAGUGUUGGCACCGCGUUAUAUGAAUUAUAGCGAAUCGUUUACCAAAAUGUUUGUUUUGCCGAUCGAAGUGGAAAAUACUUUGAAACAAUCGGGAAAAGGUGUCUUCUAUGAUGUCAAUCAAGUGGCUGUACUCGAGCUGAAAGGAAAUCCAUUGCCGCCGAUACUGAGGCCACCAUUGAAAAGUGAUCAAUAUCUGACCAAUGUCCUAUUGAAAGCGGCCAAACGGGACUACUAUAUGGAACGGCAAAAGUCGUCGGGUGGCGCCGCCGCCGCAACCGCUGAUAAUACUAACAAAUAAUUAUUAUAAUUUUGAAUCUAUUUUUUUCCGUAAACUGUUUUUUUUUGUUUAUCGGUAAUAAUAAUAAUAAUGAUGACAACUAUUACCGGUAUAUUAAUAUUAUAUGUUUAAUAA